AGUGGACAGCGCCCCAGGCACGCUCGCCCGGGUCAGUAGCAUGGUAGCAGCGGCGGUGGGCGAGCCGCCGCCAGCCCCCUCCGCUCCCUUGUCAGUGGGCUGCGAAGGGAGGACGCGGAGGCGGAGGGAAGCCCCCAGUGCGGCUGCCGGGCAUGCGCGGCGCCCCAGGAACAUGGCGGAGGCGGCGGCGUGAAUCCAGGCGGCGGGGCAGCGCGCAGCUGACAGACAUGCGAGCCGCGCCGCCGGCGCUCUGAGGGACCGGCGGCCGCCUUCGCCCCCCUGCCUCCCGUGCGGAAAUUUGUACUAAAAAGAAGAGCAAAGCAUUCUUACAACAUAUGUGUUUUUAUUGUUGAAAGGGAAGAUCAGACAUUUUACCAUGGGGAAAACAACUACUAAAGAUUCCAAGACUAUUAAAAAAGAAAAACAUGGGAAGAAUAAUCAGUCAAGCAAUCAGUUGUUAAAUAAUGACUAUUUUAGUUGGGAUAACUACUUGAAAGAGACUGGCUCCCUUGCUGCUCCCUCGCAUUGUUUCAGACAGUCUAGGAUUCCACCUACUAAUGAUUUCAAAGUGGGUAUGAAACUGGAAGCUCAUGACCCUCGCAACAUUACCUCAGUAUGUAUAGCUACGGUGAUUGGAAUUACAGGUGCCAGAUUAAGGUUGCGCCUAGAUGGAAGUGAUAACAAAAAUGACUUUUGGAGGCUGGUUGAUUCAUCUGACAUACAGCCAGUUGGAACCUGUGAAAGGAAAGGAGGGAUGCUUCAGCCUCCACUAGGAUUCCAGAUGAAUGCAUCUUCCUGGCCAAUGUUUCUCCUAAGAACCCUAAAUGGCGCUGACAUGGCACCUGCAGCAUUCUUUAAGAAGGAACCACCAAAGCCUUCUCAAAACUGUUUUAAAAUCGGAAUGAAGCUAGAAGCAAUAGACAGAAAAAACCCUUUUUUAAUAUGCCCGGCAACCAUUGGAGAUGUUAAAGGAGAUGAAAUUUUUAUUACCUUUGAUGGCUGGCGAGGGGCAUUUGACUAUUGGUGUAAAUAUGAUUCUCGGGAUAUUUUUCAAGUUGGAUGGUGUGACUUAACAAGAGAUGCUCUACAACCACCAGGGAAUAAUGUUUCUAGUACAAAGAAUAAUGCAAAAGCCCAAACCUCUCCUUCCAAAGUGACCCGGCGUUCAAUGCAGUCUCCGCAAAAAUCAGCACCAGCUCUGGCUCCUGCUGCUGCACCAAAAGAGAAGAAACCUGGGAGGGGAAAACAGCCAGCUCCAUCUGCAGUUCUUAGGAAAGGCAGGUCUCCCAAAAAUACUCAUGCAACAAAAAACACGUCUCGUAAGGAAAACCUCAAAACAAGAAAAAAGAGCUUGAAACCAGGCAGGAAGAAAAAAAUCUUACCAGUGCAAUCUCCGGUAUUUUCUCCUCCCCUUACUUGUGCAAAAGUGGAAAAUAGCACUACACAAAUUCACAAAGAUGGUCCUCCUAUAACGGGUACAACAGCAGCUGUCAUUUCUACUGUUUGUGUCUAUGUUAACAAACAUGGAAACUCUGGGCCUCAUCUGGAUAAAAAGAAGGUACAGCAGCUUCCUGAUCACUUUGGACCAGGUCCUGUGAAUGUGGUGCUUCAGCAGGCUGUGCAAGCUUGUGUAGACUGUGCCUAUCAAUCAAAAACAGUCUUUGGAUUCCUGAAGUCAGGACAUCAUGCAGGAGAAAUUAUUACUGCAUCUUUUGAUGGAGAGAAGCAUGCCAUCAGUCUUCCUGCUGUAAACAGUGCAUCAUUUGUCCUGCGUUUCUUGGAGAAGCUCUGCCACAGCCUACAAUGUGAUAAUCUUUUUAGUAGCCAGCCUUUUAGUCCUUAUAUGGGGAGUGCCCAUAGUCCUACAGACUAUGAUAGAAACAAGCCAGCAAAAGAAGAAAUAUCAGACCGCAGAAGUACUACUAAGCGGUAUUCUCAGGAUUCACCACCCUAUACUGCCCCCCUGUCUCCUAAACUCCCACGAACUGAAGUUCACCCCUCGGAAGCAGAAAUUCUGCCAAGUGAAGAAAACGGCACUCCUAAAGAACACAGAUUUUCUGAAGACUUGAUGGAUUCUGCACUAAAUUCAGCCAAUCCUUCAAGCCCUAGUUGUCGUAGUUCCAUUGAAUAUCGUAUCUCAGGGAGUGCAGCCUAUUUCAGGAAUUCUCUUCCACCAGUGACUGCUACCUCAAAUACAGCACCAAUCCUACGCAGGCUAUCUUCAGGUUCUGCUGGGAACAGCAGUUAUUAUGAAGUCAACAGGAAUAGACUGCAGAGGAGGAUUGAAGCUGCAAGCUCUACGACAGGACCUGAUCUCUCUGCACUAAAGCGGGAACCUUCCCGAAUACCCAGUAAGGAUCCUUCUAUGUGGUCAAUAGAUGAAGUAAUGCGGUUUGUGAAAGAAGCUGAUCCUCAGGCAUUAGCACCCCAUGCAGAGCUCUUCAGAAGACAUGAAAUAGAUGGAAAGGCUCUUCUCUUGCUGAGGAGCGAUAUGAUAAUGAAAUAUAUGGGGCUAAAAUUAGGCCCAGCAUUAAAGUUGUGCUACCACAUUGAGAGACUUAAACAAGGGAAGUAUUAGGCAAUAGAUGCACAACAAUAUUAAGUGUUUCAGACAACCUCUCAGGUUCAUAAAAGACACUGGACACAAUGCAACAAAAACUUUGCCAGAUCGAACAUGAAACUGGAUGGAUGCUGGUCCCGUUCACGUCUGUAGAAAGAAGAGCCCAGGAGACUGUGUCCAAUGUUUAUUUGAAAAGCGUUGCGCACUUAGCCACUGUUACUCAUCUGCCGGAGUUUCCUCUCAAAAUACACAGUCUUGUCAAGAUAGAAUAAAUUGAUCACACUGUAGUAUUUAAUAACUUUUAUGAAAACGUACUGGGAAAAGAGAAGCUGCAAAGUGUAUUCUCAACUAUUCAGCUUCAGCUGAUGCAUUUUCAUUAAGAACCAAAACAGCUGAAUUCCAAAGGAAUAAUAAUUUUUUGAAAAAUCUUAUCACAACCUGUAAGUUCUUACAACAGUGCUGAAUUAUAUAAUAAAAGCAGCAGUGUGGCAGAGCAGGGAGAAGCAUUUUUGCAAUAAAUUUCAUUUCCUCAGUUAAUAUUUUAUACCUGGCACUCCAGAAUAUUAAUAUUGAAAUAUUGCUAUAUAGAUUUCCAUAAAGGGAAUAGCCAUAUGAAUUGUUCUCUAUGAUUGGGGUUUGUUUAAAAACAAAUACGUUUUUUAAAGUAUAGCUAUUACCUUCUCUUUUUAAAUUAUAAAAGAAAAUGGACAAGUUCCCAGUGCUGAUUUGAGCAGCCAAAUUCCAGAUGGACAAACAUCAUUUCCAGCUUGUCUACUGGAAUAAACCACCCAUUACUUUAAAACAUUCCAUCUUUGUGGAGCUUUGCAUGAAUAUUAAUGUUCAUGCAUUUAUAUAUUUAUAUGUAUAUAUGUGUGUAUAUGGUACAUGCAUAUAUACUGUACAUAUGUGUGCAUUUGAAAUUGUCUUUUAAAGGUACUUUUGCACUGUGAUGGACAAUAAACUGUAGAAAUCCUUUUCUAAAGCAGUUAAACAAAACAAUGCACAAAAUAAUUUUGGCCUAGUGGACGGUAGCAGGCUGUGUAGUAAGAUCUUCAAAUUCACACCCGCUAAUCCUAUAGAUGAGUGUUCAGAUCACCUGCUGGGCAUGAGGCAUGGAGAGGAAGGGAGAGUCCUAGCUUAAGUGUCCCUUCCCCUCUGUGCAGGUGAAUUCAUGCUGCCUCUUCAGUGAUUUGUGUCCUAUCAAGGACUCUACGGUGUGUGUAUCUUACUAGAUGCAAGGAUCUUACACCAUAAAGCAUCCUUUGCAGCCUCUAAAUUGGUCUUGUUAGAUAAAAAGUGAAUGUGUCCUCUUUACUACUCAUUGACACUUGUCUGCUUUACUUUCCAUUUCUGGAGAAGUAAAAAACAAUCAAGAGACAGGUGGAUUUAUACAGGGGAGUUCCCUGCACUAUGCAAUAUUCCUAGAUUUUCAUGUUGUGCUGAGCCAUUUUAUUUUGGGAAGUUUUCCAGGGAGGAGUAUGGUUUUUAUUGAUUUUUGGUUUUUUUUCAGCUUCUUUUAAUGUAAAGAUGACAGUUUUGAACAAAGAAGUUGAACUGCACGUGGAUGUGUGUGUGUUUUACAUAAACCUUGGUGCUGUGUUUUAUAAGCUACAAGAAGCUGUGCCGAUAGUAAAAUACUUUGCUGUCACUGCCGAUAUAAUAUCAGGGACAAUUUGUGUACAUUUGCUGUGUAGGGAACUGAAUGUACUGUAUUUAAUAGUACACCUGAUGAUAGAGAAGAUGUAGGCCUAAAAGAAGGGUAGAUUUUAUAUUUCUUACUGCAUUUUUAUAUCAAAGCUUCUAGUUAAAUUUUUAAAAAAGUAUUUUUUACACAUUGCUGGUUUGAAAAUGCCUUGCUUACUGGUAUACUAAUAACUCAGGUUUAACAAAAAUACUGCAAAAUAAUAAAUCUGUUGCAGACUUAAGUAUGUUUAAAUUUGACUUGACUGCAGAAGUUUGCCUUACAAUGAGCAGCCCUGUGCUAAUAUUGAUCAUCACAAAUGGUACAGUAUAAACCGACCAGGUGCGUUUUGGCCAUAAGGCCUUCCUCAGUGGUCAAUUGUAAACAAUUUAUGAUCAAACACACCCACACAUAUAGAAACCAAUCAUGCAAUGCUCCCGGUGUUUUAUCUAGAGCCCUAGGAUUGUGUGAUAAACUAAAAUAUUGCAGUAGAUCCAGGACUAUAUAGCUAAACCUUCUUAGGUUAAAGUGCCAUUUUAUCUUUACUGUAGAUUGAUGUAACACACUCCUAUACAUUGGAAACCAAGCCUCAGAGUGCAACAAUAAACAAGCAGUGUGUGAAUGUAGUCCUGGUUCUACUGCAAUAUUUGUAGUUUAUCACACAAUACCA